AGCUAUUACAGCAGGCUUUGAGAGUGGAGAAAAGAAAAGGGGAUGGGCAGUGUUAAAACCAUGCAACUCUAUUCUCCAUCCAGCCUCGCUUUAUGCGACGCAAGAGUGACGCCAUUUCAUCUCGUGCCGGCUCCUGCAAGCAUUGUGUUGUGAAAAGGGCCUGAACGUUGACUUUACAUUACUAAAAUGGUAAAAAUCUUCGUUGGCAAUCUUUCGCCAAACACUACUGCAGAGGAGAUCCGCUCCCUCUUCUCUCAGUAUGGAAAAAUUUCAGAGUGUGACAUUGUGAAAAACUUUGGCUUUGUGCACAUGGAUGACAAAGCAGAGGCAGAUGAAGCCAUUCGAAAUCUUCAUCAUUACAUGCUGAACGGUUUGCCUAUGAAUGUGGAGAUGAGCAAAGGGAAGCCCAAGACCUCUACAAAACUUCAUGUGGGCAACAUCAGCAGUAGCUGCACCAACCAAGAACUCAGAGCCAAGUUUGAGGAAUAUGGACCUGUGGCUGAGUGUGAUAUAGUGAAAGACUAUGCAUUUGUUCACAUGGAGCGAGUGGAAGAUGCUAUGGAGGCCAUUAGCGGCUUGGACAACACAGCCUUUCAAGGCAAACUGAUGAGCGUGAAGCUUUCGACUAGCCGCCUGCGUACCGCGCCGGGAAUGGGAGAGAGAACGGGUUGUUAUCGGUGCGGGCAGGAAGGCCACUGGUCCAAAGAAUGCCCAAUGGACCAGAACGGCUCCUACAGAGAGGGCCCGGGCUCAGCAGGAUAUGGGUCCCUCAGGUUCGGUGCGGGUGGCGAUCGUGGUGGCCGGGGGUUUCAUCGCGGCUACAGUGGCGAACCGGCCUACGGUGGCAACUUUGCACCCUCACAUGGCUUCUCCAGGGGAGCAGGGUACGCUGUCCCAGGGUAUGGAAGGGGUGCGAGUUUCGAGAGUGCAAUGAGUUACGGUAUGCCAGCGGGCUACGGCAUUUGCGCUGAUAAUAGCAUGGCCCCCGCGUACGGCAGUGAGGCUGCGUAUGGGAGCAGUGAUAUGGCCUAUGGCACUGCGAUGCCUGCGUACCCAAUACGGCGACCGCCCUAUGAGGAAAGAGAUCCGUACGGGGUGGUGGACUUCUACGAGAAAUAUCGGGCACGUCCGUACGGAGCAAGUUAUUUCGAAGAUAGACGCGCGGUUCCACCUAUGGCCCCUCCUCCCCCAUCCUCCUCAGCGAUCGUGAGAGAGCGCCUGUCCUCCUCUAACCAUGACCCAUAUGAGCGCCAUCCCCUUCCCCCUCCUCCGGCUCCCACCUCUUCAUACUAUGUCCGCGAACGGAGCCCGAUCCGGCGAGCUCCCCUAGAGGCAGAGGGAUAUGCGUACGAACGGUCGCGCCUCUCCCCUGUGUCUUCGCUUCCCAGGAGCUCUGCGUACGAUGUAGCGCGGGAUCCAUAUGGCGAACCGGCGCGCUAUGCUUACUAGCCUAAUACCUGUGCGCACUCAGGUGUUUCUUGGUUGCUCAUGGAUCAUUUUACAAGUUGUGAUGCAUCCUGUUAUGCCCGGGUCAAGGACAGUACAGGGGGCCCACUUCCUGGCACUAAACUCCUUUUGUCGUCUUAACAAACUGGAUGUAGCCCUGUUUUUUUUUUUUUUUGGA